AUGGCGACCGCGCAGCCCCAAGAGAACCCGGCCGGCGCCGAGCAGGCAGCGCCGGCGCCGCAGGCCAACGGCGAUCCGCAAUCACAGCAGCCCGAGACGCAGCAGCAGCCGUCGCAACAGCCCGAGGAGGAGCCGCAGGCCGCGCCGCUGCCCGAGCCCAAGACGGCCACGCGCAAGGACAUACCGCUCAAGGAUUUCAUGGCGCGGAUGGACGACUAUGCUCCCAUAAUCCCCGACGCCGUGACGAACUACUACAUGACGCGCGCGGGCCUCCCGCCGCCGCCGCAGACGGACCAGCGGCUGGCGCGGCUGCUGGCGCUGGCGACGCAGAAGUUCGGUAACGACGGCAAGGGCCCCGCGCUCGGCAUCCAGCGGCCCGGCUUCGGCGGCGGCGGCCAGGGCGGCGGCCAGAACAGGACGGUGCUCACCAUGGAGGACCUGGGCAUGGCCGUGGGCGAGUACGGCGUCAACGUCAAGAGGAGCGAGUUCUACAGGUGA